UCCCUGCAUUAGUGUUAGUUAGGGGCUCGGAGACACACUUGCACCGAGAGCAGCCAUAGUCAAGACACGGCAACAACAACAGCGGCACCUCCUCCGCCUGUGUUCCCAUUCCCCAACAAUACACUUUAAACCGAGCGAAGCCAGGUGCACGACCAAGUCCCUGCCAUCACAGGCGCCUCCAGUCUCAAUGGGAAAAACCUUUUUUCUUCUUAUCCCUAAACAAGGACGAGAAUGUGAUUAAAAACGGGGGAAAAUGCCAAGGAGGAAGCAGGAGCAACCCAAGCGCCUGCCUUCACAUUUGGACAGUAACGAGGACGGAGGGCCUGAUGACGGUCCUGUGGAGGAGGAAGGCUGGUUUGGGAAUGCUUCUGACACGCGCUCGGAGUCAUCGUCCUAUGGAGACACCCAGGACGAGCUCCCCCUGCCCAGGGGCUCGUCUCCCGAUGAUCGACCUGGAGUCAGCUCUGGGUCUGGGGACCACGACACCUGCGGAGGUGAGAGCUCAAUGGGUUGCCCCACACCCGUCCAUCGUGCCUCUUUGGAACUCCUCGGACUGGAUGGAGGUGCAUUCUCGGCCCAGGACACCCUCUCGUCCGUUGUAUCCUCGCUGUACGGUGAGGCAGCAUCUCGUGCCCUUGGGAAACCCCUCAGCAGCAACCUACGGCGCCUCCUAGAGGCUGGGUCACUGAAACUAGACACUGGGGACCUCUUGGGUCGGUCGUCCAGGGGUGUUGCUGGUGGGGAGUCUCCACCAAUAGGUCUAGCUCCACCUUUGACCCUCUCCCCGUCAUCUCACCACGCUCAGCAGUUAAGUGCUCUUGCCCGAAAACUAGCCAAUAACAACAGCAACAGUGGCUCAGCCUCACCGGCCUCCUUGGCACCCUCAGUCACCAACAUAAAGCAAGAGCCCCUUGACCCCUUUAACUCUGUCACCCCUAGCAACGGCAGUGGUUUCGUAUGGGCAGGUGUAGCAGAUAAGUGGCCACCAGCCAGCUGCUCCACCCCCUGCGGCUCCAGCCUGUCCCCGGACUCUGCAAUCCAGAAGCUAAAAGCUGCAGCUAAUGCUGUACUUCAAGACAAGAAUGCCGUGGCCUCCUCUACGACCUCCUCCUCCUCCUCCUCCACCUCUGCCUCUUCUGCAGUGCCCACUCUGGGAGGGGGGAGUCGAGGAGAGGAUGUGGUGCGCUUCGAUGCCUUCAACUCUCCGUUCAGCCCACAGUCAGCUAGCUCCACCCUCGCCGCACUCUCCAAGAAAGUCAGUGAGCGGAGCCAAGCCUCGUCGACGACCAGCGCUGCUAACGAUCACCAAGCCUCGGCGAGCUCCUUCCUCUCACUUGUGUCCAUGACCUCCUCUGCUGCCUUGCUCAAAGAGGUGGCAGCCAGGGCAGCGGGUAACCUGCUGGUGGAGAAAAAAGACGGUUCCUCCUUGGCUACAGCAGGGGUCCUCCAAGAGGACGUGAAGCCCCUGCUAGACAAGAACCAGAAGGCUCCUACACCAUCUACACCCACGCAGAGCCUGGAGCUGCUGAUGCCCUCAACUCCAAAGGGCAGAGGCAAGCCCAACAGCCAAGCAGGUUCUCCCGAGGAUGGUGGCAAACCGUUCCAGUGUCCUGUGUGUGGCCUGGUUAUCAAACGCAAGAGCUAUUGGAAGAGACACAUGGUCAUCCACACAGGCUUGAAAAGCCACCAGUGUCCAUUGUGUCCCUUCCGCUGCGCUCGCAAAGACAAUCUCAAGUCCCACAUGAAGGUACAUCAGCACCAGGACCGAGGUGAGACGUUUCAGUGCGAACUCUGCCCCUUCACCUCCUCCCGUCACUUCAGCCUGAAGCUUCACAUGCGCUGCCACCAGCACUUCCCCCGCACAGACGUCAAGGUGAAAGAGGAGCUCACCACCGACACGGAGGGCGAGGGCUCCCUGAUGGGUGACAGCAGCUCAGCAGACCUUCGAGGGGCAGAGGCAUCGCCGCUGCACUCGGACUCUCAGCAGACGUCGCCGCCACUGCACGACGCCUCCUCGAAUCACGUCCACAUCAAGGAGGAGCCACAGGAGAGAGAUUUGUCUGUGCUUUCUCCCUUUAGCAUGUGCAGGGACCGUCCCAGCAGCAGUGCCAACUCACUCGAUCUCCCUGGAGUCGGAGUCAGAUCCAGUCCUAGUGGUCCAACCACGGCCUCCCUCUUCAGCCCUGAUAUCAGUACAAAGACAGCUACUGACCUGCUUAUGAAGCUUUCAGCGGCCAACCAGCGUGAGACACUAAAGUCUCCUUUUCACCUGAAAGAAGAACCCAAAGUGGAGGAAGCCUUGAGUCCUAGACCAUCCUCCACGACACAGAGCCAAGUCCAGCCAGGCUUCACUGCGACUUUCUGCCAGGACGGGCCAACAGGGGCUGCGGCAGCCACAGAGCGCCCAGGACCACUGAAGCCAAGGGAAGGAAGUCCCAUGUCUAAGAACAGCCUGCUGAGCCAGGACAUCAAUGUUAAAGUGGCCUCUGAGCUGCUGAUGAAGCUCUCAGAGAACAACAAAGAGACCCAGUACCAGAAGGUGAAAGUAAAGGCAGAGCCCAUGGAGGUGGACCCGCCCCCUGCAGAGCUCACCCCUCCUGCCUCUCACCUGCUGGCCUUCAGCACUUUAGGAGCGAGCGAGAAGAGUGAGCCGAUGAGUAACCUCCCAGAGACGUUGGCCCGCCCCCAGAAAGACCUCUUCUCGCAGGACAUAUCGGUCAAAAUGGCCUCCGAACUACUGUUCAAACUGUCAGAAAAAGUCAGCAAAUCCAACAACCAUAAAGACAGCAACAUGGUGGGAAUAAACAGUCCGUUCCUGGACGAGUGCUUCAGACAAUCACCCUUUAACUCGCGCUCCAAGAGCUCUUCCCCCGCAGAGGCCAGCUCUUCUACCAGGGCAGCAUUUCACGACUCAGAGAAGGAUGACGGGGAGCCGGGAAACGGGAUCGCCCAGUGGAGACUGAAUGAGCAGCUCUUCCCCUGCCCGGUCUGUGGAAAGGUGUUCGGUCGCCAGCAGACUCUUUCUAGACAUCUGUCUCUACACACAGAGGAGAGGAAGUACAAGUGUCACCUGUGUCCUUAUGCAGCCAAGUGCAGGGCUAACCUCAAUCAGCACCUGACCAUCCACUCUGUCAAGCUGGUCAACACAGACGCUGAGCAGAUCGUCAGCGCUGUUACAGCCGACUCUGCUGAGCGAAAGAACUGCCCCUACUACUACAGCUGCCAUGUGUGCGAUUUCCAGACGGAGCUGAAUGCCCAGUUUGUCAGCCACAUGUCGCUCCAUGUGGACAAGGAGCAGUGGAUGUUCUCGCUCUGCUGCAGCGUCUGCGACUACGUCUGCAUGGAGGAGAACGACAUGAAGAACCACAUAAGUACCGGGCAUGCAGGUCUGAACUCAAGGAGUCCUCUCAGCGAGACCAAGAGCACCUCUUCGUCCCUCUCGGCCCUCAGUGACUCACUCAACAGCUCGGAAGGCGGAGACCUCCCCCACGGUAACGAAGAACUCAGGGGUCUGCUCGCCCCGCCCUCCUCCGCAGGCAGCCAGUCCAGCUCUGGGAGCCACUCGGGAUCAGGAACUGAGGACAAGUCAGACAAAGGCUUCGAGUGUGUCUUCUGCAAUUUCGUGUGUAAGACGCGUAGCAUGUAUGAGCGGCACCUCCAGAUCCACCUCAUCACCCGAAUGUUUGAAUGCGACGUCUGCCACAAGUUCCUGAAGACGCCCGAGCAGCUGCUGGAGCACAAGAAGUGCCACACCGUCCCCUCCGGAGGGCUCAAGUGCCCUUUCUGCAUCUACUCCACCAAUCGUCCAGCGGCCAUGGAGUGCCACCUUAAGACGCACUGUAAGAUGGAGUACCGCUGCCGCAUCUGCCAGGGACUGUGGCCCGACCAGGCCUCAUUGGAGGCCCACAUGCGGGGGCACCGCCUGGGCAACCACUACAAGUGUGAGCAGUGUGGCUACUUGUCCAAGACGGCCAACAAGCUGAUCGAGCACGUGCGCGUGCACACAGGCGAGCGGCCCUUCCACUGCGACCGCUGCUCUUAUAGCUGCAAGCGCAAGGACAACCUCAACCUGCACAAGAAGCUGAAGCACGCGCCGCGCCAGACUUUCAGCUGCCAAGAGUGCCCUUUCACCACCACACACCCCUUCGUCUUCAGCCGCCACCUCAAGAAACACCAGAGCGGAGGAGCGGGGGCGCUGGAUGGAGGAGGAGAAGAGGAGGAGGAAGAGGAGGCGGGAGAGGAGGAGCUGCCACUCCAGGGAGCGUCACCUGGGGGGUCGACAGCGCAAAAGAGCCAGGAGAACUUCCUGUUCGGCGGAGGAGGGGGAAGCAGCGGAGGGAGUGGGAGUAACAGCCCCCUCAUGAGUCUGACAGCGUCUCAGGCGCUGCAGUCCGUCGCUCUGUCACUUACUCUGGGUAAGUCCGCCCAGCUGGACGCCAGCAGCCCUCUGCGCCGUCUCAUCAGCACCAACGGAAACGACUCCAGCAGAAACCCCGGCGCCCCGAGCAGUGGCAGCCCCUCCCUCUUCCUCCCCUCCUCCCGGCACGUCUUCGAGCAGUACAGGAACUGCGAGCGGGCGCACCUGAUCCCCCUCACCACCCUGUUCACCCACAACAGCCGCUUCACAUUCCACUCGCACCUCCACUCCAGAUGGCGGCCCGCCACAUCUCCUCUCCUCGUCUCCUCCAAUCCAGCGUCCCCCUCCCGCUCACCCUCCUCACCCACCUCCCACAAACACUCCUUCCUGGCCUACCUGGGACUGAUGGAGAGGGCCAAGACUGUUUGACCUCCUCCUCCUCAGCUCGCUGUUUCCCUCACUCCUCAGACAGCGGUGCGAAUGACACUUGACCACUGCAGAGGGAGCGACGUCUUUUCCAAUCAGACCAGCAGAAUAAGCUGGAGCAGACAAACAUAUUAGAAAAAAAUAAAAAAAAACAUUUAUAAGAGAAAAAGGCUGUACAUGCUAAAAAUGCAUUUAUAUCAAAAGCUGCUUUUCUUAUCAGUUCUAUCAAUUGAAUUAUUACUACUUCAACUACUACUCUGUAUUACCUUUCAUUUCUGUUUUUAAAUGUCUGAAUGACCUGGACCCAGUUGCAUUAUCUGAGGAAACUAACGUAUCUCAGUUUUAUAGAUAUUUUUCUUUAGUCGUUUGACGAGAUAUAAAGUUGAAAAAGACGAAACUAAACUUGCAAGUGCUAUAUUUUAGUGCAUUUUUGUCUAUCGCUAUUAUGCAUCGAGAUAGCAUGCCCGUUUCUGUGUUUUCGACUAGCUUCGACGUCAUUAGAAAGCUAAAAACCCGAGAUAUCCUAAAGUGUUAGCGGUGCGACAAGGACAGAACCAAUGAAACGGAGCGCUUUUCAUUGAAAACAGCACGUUUCCAAAGCAACGCCUCAAACCACGCACUUACUUAUUUAUCAGUCUUGUACAUAGUUUUGUAGCCCUUCCCCUUCCCAUCUUUUUUUGGUUUCUGUUGUUUUUUGUAUAAUGGUGGAACCAUAUUAUGCAUAGCAGCUGCCUGAUAUCACCUCUGCCUCAGAAUAAGUGUCAUUCAUAGCUAAUUUUAUUUUAUUUUUUUCAGGAGAUAAGCUGUGUCCGUGUAAAUUAAAGGGGAAGAAAAUCAGACCAAUCAUGACAAGGAACACUUAUUUUGAUUUUAAGUCAAAUCAUAAUGAUGAAUUUGCACUCACAGGUGAAUAAGCAGAGAAUAAAGAGAGUAUUUCUGAGACCAAGUGGAUAUCAGUGCAGCCUCAUGUGCAGAACUAUGUAUGACGCACCUAUACUUAGAAGAGAUAUAUGAGAUAACUGUUUUGUGGAGGUGACUUGCUCCGGAGUUAGCUAGUGAGCUAUCCGCCGCCGGGUCACCACAGGCCGAUUCAAUGGUGCUUUUUGGAGCUUUUUGUAAUUUUUGUGUACAAAAAAAGAAAAAAAACUGUUCCAAAAUGACUUGAAUGAAUGUAUUUUUGUUUAUGUAAAUGAAGCGAUACAGAAGUGUGAACAGGGGCGUCUUCUGUGCUGGAAAAGACGGGAAAGUUAGCGUGUUUGGUGGCCUUCUGUGUCUUUUUUGCUUUUUGUUUGUUUCUUUUUUUUUACUUUUUUACUGAGCCUUUUACAUCAUAAUAAAACAUUUUCUACUAACAUUCAUAAAGAACCCAUAGUGAGGAAAAAAAAGCUCCUGUAGGUGCAAUGAUGAAGCAAAGCCAUUCACUUGUACAGCGUUGUGUUCGAUGGUGGAGGCUUCUGUUAGGCCGGCAGACAUGGUACUGCUUUUUGCCCCCACUCCUCUCACUCUCCCCCUCCCUUCUGUCAACCUUUUGAGUUUUAAUUGCACUUAAUGUAGUUACACUUCAAGCCAAAAGCACUUAAACCUUUAAUUUUCUUGUAUUUUUUUUUUUUAAGUGCAAACUUAGAUCCACCGAGUUACCGUGAUGUGAAGUGGACAGCAGUUGUUGGAAAUGACUCAAUCAACACCCCUCAUUUUCACGUGUUGGCAAUUCUGGCAACGCAGAAAGGUCUGCCUCUGUGAAAUCAGAGAAAGUAAAUGAAUACAAAUUGCAUGAAUUAGACAGUAGAGGUCAAGCUCUCCCUGGGAACUAAAGGUCCCAGGCUAAAUUGCGAUGAGCCAAUUUUGCACAGUGCUGCACUUUUUGAUUAAGAGAAUAUGUAUUUAUCCGUAAAAUCGCUCAAAAAAGAAGUAUAUUUGCGAGAUAGGGCAGCAUUCUGCAAGCGUUUCAUUUUGAAAAAAAGCUUUACCCAUGACUUGUUUUUGUAAGCCAAAAUCCCUUAUUUGUAAAGGGAUUCUUUUUUUAUUUUCCUUGUUUUUAUUUGUCUAUUUUUCUCAUGCAUUAUCUUACAAAGAAUCAUUGUUUUGUUUUUUAUUUUUCUACUUAAAUCAUGUUAGAAAAAAAAAUGUGGAUUGGAAAGAAAUUCUGAAUUGUCAAGACCAAAAUGUAACUGCAGGAUGUGAUGUUAGGAUUGAAUCCGUCACGUCAUGCUCUGGAGCGAUUUAUCCCCUUCUCACUGCUGUUUUUGUUUUUUCUUUUGCUUUGUCCAUGUCUGGCAUGCUGUCUCUGGAGUGAAACGAGCAUCCCUCCAACACACUCACUCACUCGUACUAUCUACAUUAUCUUUUAUACUCUAGUGCCACUUGGUGGAAGGAAACCACCUGAGACUUCUGGGAAUGAGUCAAACUUAAUUGUCAGGGUCAUAAAAAAAGAUAAAGAGAUAAAAAAAGAAGAAGAAAAGAGUGCGUCCACUCUUGACACCUUUUUAAAAAUGUCUGCCUUUUAUUAAUCAUAAAUGGCUGCACUUCUUUAUGUCCCCUCUUACUUUGAGUGUAAUGUUUUAAAAGGUAACAGGGCUCUCUCCUUUGGAAAACCAAUAUUCUUAAAGCACUUAUUCUGUUUAUUUUUGCCCAUUUAUAUGCAGCACAGUGACCUUUUGUUUUUUUCUAAAGCUUGACUACCUUCAGCACUUCAAAGUAUGCAUGACAUGGCCCUCCCUCUCUUGAGCACUUAUUGUGUUUCAGACUAACUCCCUCUGUUGCGUUUAGUUAGCAUCACACUGCACUGUCUACAAUCAGUUAGCUUUAUGUUCGGCUGUGUUUUAUGAUUAGAUUGAAAAAAGGCUCAACUAUCUUCUGUUUUGGCACUCAGUAAAGAUUGGUAUGUGCUGUACAAAGCUUUUUUUUAUUACUCCAUUGUUAAGGCUGUACAGGGUUGUGACGAUAACUGGUAAAUAGAUCAUUUGUACUUUUUUUUUUUUUUUUUUUUUUUUUGGUUUUGUAUUUGUUUUUCUUUAUUUGGCAUUAUUUUAUGUUCAAACUUGCCAGAUCUAAAUGUAACAGGAUUUGAAAGUAAA